AGCAACUGCCCCCUCCACGCGGCGAGGAACCGGGUCAUCAAGGACGAAAGCUUUCCCGACGUAUUCUACCUUCCAACUUCGCGCCAGGACCUGCGUAUUGCCAUCCAUGAUAUAAUCAUGUUGUGGUACAAGGAAUCCUUUCGCAAGGAUCUUGGGCCCCAAGACUUUCGGGAUCCAGCCUACAGUACUCCUGAAGAGGUUCGCCGACGAAACUAUCACGAGGCGGAGUGCCGCAGAGUCAUCGACGUGCUGAAAAGAGUCAUGGAAUAU